UAAAAUAUAUGUACAUCAUAAUCUCGACAAACGCGACCUCUGUGGAAUCAACACGUAGUAGAAACUAUCCGUAAUCUCAUUCCAGUCUAAGUGCAUAAGAAGUACGAAAGUAAGCCUAUGUCAUAUAGUUAGCCGUAUUAUUACAUUAUAUAAUAUACAAGUACCAAUUGUUUGGUCGUGUAAUGAAUAUUUAAUACGAUAUUAACGUUAAAUUGCAUUUGAAUUUAAAAAGUAGAAAUAAGAAAAUGGUGCUUAUGACAAUGAUAGCUAGGGUGGCGGAUGGGUUACCUCUCGCUGCAUCCGUACAGGAUGAUGAACAGGCUGGCAGAAAUACUUUAGAAUACCAGAACCAAGCUAAAAUGUUGUUUCGCAAAUUAAAUUCACAGUCUCUUCCAAAGUGUACCAUAGAAACGGGACCAUAUAUGUUUCACUACCUUAUAGAAAAUGAUGUUUGCUAUUUAGCCCUUUGUGAAAAAUCCUUUUCAAAACGACUAGCUUAUGCAUACUUGGAAGACCUCCAGAAUGAAUUUCGCUCCCAGUAUGGCUCUAGAGUUGCAACUGUGUCUCGACCAUAUAGCUUUAUUGAGUUUGACACCUAUAUUCAGAAGUCUAAGAAGUCCUUCAUGGAUUCCAGAAGCAGAAGAAACCUUUCCACGCUAAAUACAGAACUUCAGGAUGUGCAGAGAAUAAUGGUUCAAAACAUUGAUGAUGUGUUACAGAGAGGAUCUGCUCUAUCGGAUUUGGACACCAAGACCAGCAACCUAGCUGUGCUUUCCCAAAAAUACAAGAAAGAUGCUCGCUAUCUGAACCUGCGAUCGACAUACGCUAAGGCAGCAGCCGCUGCUAUUAUUGUAUUUGUCUUUUUUCUUUAUUUUUGGGUUCUUUAAGUUCUUGUAUAUUUUUCAUUUGAUUUAAUAUAAUUUGGGGAAGUAUAUAAAUCAAUUCUGUACAUCAAGGAUUAAAAAAUACUUGGUUUACUCCAUAACUGAAGGACUUAAGUCUAUGGCUAUUUAAUAAUAAAUAAAAGCCAUUGAAGACAGUAGUUUAAAUGAAAAAACAAAAAAUGGGGGAAUUUACUGAUUUUUUUGCUUAUCAAUAAGUUUUCAAUUUUUAAGAGAGAUUAAAGUAUGAUUAGUUUCAUGGUUUCUCAUUCUACAUAGGAGAUUAAAAAAAACGGCUGGUAGAUCUAAUGUGAAAUUAAUGCAUACAACAUGAAUUAAUCAUCAUUUUAAUCUCUACCCACAAUAGAAGUUUAAUAGAAAAGUUUUAAAAAAACUGAAUUAGUAUCUAGUAAGGAAAUGAUAUUUCACAAAUGUUGAGGAAAAUUUUUUUUUUUUUUCAUUUUCAUGUACGAUUAUGUGGCCAGAAUAAUUUGUUAUAAGACAAGUUUUCUGGAAAUAAAAAUUAAUGCCCUAAACUUAUAUAGAAAAAAGUAUAUAGCCAUUUUUAUACCAUUAUAUGUAAUGACUGAUUUUGCUCGCUAAAAUAUCCAAAAAUGUAUUAAUUGCCUCACUACUUCUUUUCUGUGGUGGGUUGGGUGACUACAGUGAAAACAUGAGCAUCAUAUAAAACAAAACAUGGUACUUGUUGAGAAGCUUUGUUUUAGAACUGUUAUGUAUAUAUUUAUGUUUCAAAAUAAAGUUGUCUAUAAUAACAGUA